UGUGGGUACUGUCUCCGAAGGGGGUGCAGCGGGGCACGAGCCUUUAAACGCCCCCACUAUAAAAACGGGGCGCUGCGUGCACGUGACGUCUCCUCCCGCAGCGCGAGCAGACGAAGCGGCUUGGGGUUCAGAUCAGCUGCAGCGUCCGGUUGGUUCUGUUGGCGUGCGUGGUACUCCCGGUGAAGUCUGCAGCAGAUCUGAACCAGCAGCCUGACUACCAUCUAAAGCAGAGCUCGGGUUCAGAUGUUCCAGGAGUGAGUUUGGACUCUUUACGGACUCUGCUCGGGAUGCGCGCGUUACCCUAACGAACCGAGUGGAUCUUUGACUUCCUCUCUCCCGCUCUGGUGGAUAUCCUCCUGCUGUCCGAGAGGAGAAGCUUAUUACUAACUUCAGGUCGUACUUUUUAGAACCGGACCCGGGGAUGUGUAGCCGUGAGCGCGCGUCCGCGCUCCGCCCGCGGAGCUGCCUCGGGGUCGUGCUUCUGUUGUGGCUGAGCGCGUGCGUGCAGGGCACCUGGAGGACCGGUCUGUACCGAGCCUCGACCCCCCGUCUAGCCAGAGACCACGCCGCCGUCUACCAGAAGAGGAACUGGUGUCCUCAUACGGUCUCCAAGACGGUGACCUGCCAGGUCCAGAACGGUACGGUUCUUCAGCGGGUCUACCAGAGCUGCGUGUGGCCGCAGGGCUGCUCAGGAGCAAGCUAUAAGACGCUGGUCAGGCCCUCCUACAGGCUGGUGUACCGCACCGUGACGUCUCUGGAGUGGAGGUGCUGCCCCGGGUUCAGCGGCGCCGCCUGUGAGGAGGAAGGCGCCAACCAGCUGGUGGGCCAGGAGGCGGCGAGGAGGCCCUCCUCUCUGCGGCCGCCGCCGCCGCCACGCACCGGGGAGACUGCUAGCUGUCUCAACUGCUCCCGGAUCACAGCUCUGAGCAACCGGCUCGGCUCGCUGGAGGCUAAGGUUAAAUUACUGACUGCGCCCAAGACAGAGCGCCCCCUUCAGGGGAAAGGGGUGACUGCACCAGAGGCCUCACUGCUGACGGGGGCCGUACCCGCCCAAGGAGCCCCUGGUGAGCCGGGACCAGCAGGCCCCCAGGGGGACAGCGGGAGGGACGGCGCUCAGGGCCGUGAUGGGAGAUCCGGGCUGCGCGGCCCGCUGGGACCCAGCGGCCCCAGCGGCCCCAAGGGGGAUGCCGGGGUCCGGGGCCCUUCAGGGACCCCUGGAGGCAGAGGAUCCUCGGGACCAGUGGGGCCGCGCGGGCCCCCAGGAAACCCAGGAAUGGGGGGUCUGCCGGGACCGCCCGGGACCCCAGGACUCCCCGGGACCCCAGCCCCCGCCAGCGCUCGCAUCCCCGAGCCGGACCUCCGUCAUGGAAAGGAUCCGUACUUCACGAACACGUUCCAGGAGCCACAGGGCACCCCGAUCCCAGGGCCUCAAGGGCCUCCUGGACCUGUUGGCCCAGUGGGACCAGUGGGAUCAGUAGGACCAGUAGGACCGGCUGGUCAGUCUGGUCAGAACGGGAGACCAGGGGCCAUUGGCGUGGCGGGGCCGGUGGGUCCCAAAGGAGACCGCGGGGAGAGAGGACCUCUGGGUUAUCCGGGAGAGAGAGGCAUCAGGGGCGACUCGGGAGCAGUAGGCCCCAAAGGAGAGCCAGGAGCUAAAGGCUUGCCGGACCUUAGCUUGCAGAGGUUCCAUGACUUGCAGGCAGACCUUGAGCUGCUCGCCCGCAGGGUGACCCUCCUGGAGGAGAUCAUCUGGCCAGAGCCGGAGCCCGGGUCGGGGGACGGCCCCUUUGGAGCGGGCUCCUCCUCCUUCUACAGGAACAAACGAGCGCCGCGGUUCGGCCUGACUGAGGCUCCGCUGUUCCCGGACUCCGAGGUCAGAGGGAAGUAGCUGCCCCCCGGGAUCUCUAACGUCACCGACCCCCCUGGCUGUACCUUAGA